GGACCAGGCUGGUUGCGCGCGCAGAAAGCUCGUGUAACGGGGGCAGUUCAAGAUGGUAGCCGCCAUGUUUCGUGCUGUGCUGCGGGGCUGGAGAACUGGUGUCCCGCCGGGCUGCGGGCUACGGCGACUGAGCCAGACCCAGGGGUCUCCUGAUUACCCCAGCUUCAUGGAGUCUGUGGAUGAAUACCGUUUUGUGGAGCGCCUGUUUCCCCCCAUCAGCAUCCCAAAGCCCCCAAAGCAUGAACAUUAUCCCACUCCUAGUGGCUGGCAACCCCCCAGAGACCCCCCACCCAACCUGCCCUAUUUUGUGCGGCGCUCUCGGAUGCACAACAUCCCGGUCUACAAGGAUAUCACACAUGGAAACCGGCAGAUGACUGUGAUCCGGAAGGUGGAGGGGGACAUUUGGGCCCUGCAGAAGGAUGUGGAAGAUUUUCUGAGCCCGCUGCUGGGGAAGACACCUAUCACCCAGGUCAAUGAGGUGACAGGUACUCUUCGGGUCAAGGGCUACUUUGACCAGCAGCUCAAAGCCUGGCUCCUGGAGAAGGGCUUCUGAAGCCCAGCUGAGCAGCCUGCAUGACAGCAUCCCUUCAGACUGGAGUCCCAGGGAUCUCAGGAGGAGGGAGGUGGCUGUUGGAGCAACUAGGAUAAGGGGGUACAGAGACCAGGGCUGAGGGCUUUGGAGCAGGCCUUGCUUGCAUAAAGUAGGAAAUGGGAUUCUGUAUAGGUGCCAGCACUGGGGGAGGGCUAUCUAACAUUGGAGACCCACCAGGAACAGCCAAGCGCGGGCGGCAGAGGGGAUUAAUUGCACUGCCCCACCUGUGGCAUGUUCCUGCUUUCCCUUCAUUGGAGCUCUCUGGACUCAGCUAUUCAAGCUUUAGAAGUUGUUGACUGCCCCUCUGUUGGACGCACUAGCCCAGCCCAGUUUACAGGGCAGACCCAUUGGGCACAUUCCUUCCUUGGCCCACAGACCCUCGCUGCUGCAAAAAAUCCCUGAGCCCUUGCUCUAGGUCAGACCUGGCUUGGUAGAGGCUACAGAGGAUACAAGAUGACUCAGACAUGAGUCCCGGGGGUCUUCAGUUGCAAGUGCAAUGCAGGUCAGCCCCUGGGCUCAUUCCUUUUACCCAUGGAGAGGUAAAAAGGGUAUGUCCCCUCUGUCCUAUUCCAUGUUGCAGUUGGGCCUGACUGAGUUUCCAGCUCCAGGACGCUAAGUGAUAAGCUAGCUGGCCUGCCCACAAGGGGCUCCUUGAGAGCUCCUAGCAGCCCAACACAGGGCCAUCCUUCCCAGGUUGCUGACCUAGUAUCAAGGCUGGACAGGGGGUUUGCAGGCAGGAAGAUGCUGACCUUUUGUCCCUACCAUCCCAUCCCACCCAAGCAAAAGAACCUUCACACUUGCCCCAUCCUUAGGAGUCACAAGGGUCAAAGGCUUGAGUUCCUGCCCCACCUCAGCAUCAAGCUGGCUAAGACAGGGUUCAGAGUCAGGCUCCCCUACUUACUCUGACUUAAGGCAGGGUACUUAACCUCUCUGGGGUUCACUUUCUUCAUAUGUAAAAUGGGUAUGUCUUUCUAACACCCUAAUCAGCAUUGUGCCCAAGGACAGUGCUGGCUUGUAUAAAUAAACCCCUCCUGGCGAUUCCAGGCCUCUCUCAAGUCUACAGCCUGAGUUAAGAAAAAGGAGCGUGGCACAUUGAUCCUAUCACACCAGUUCCACCAGUCAUUAAUGCAAGUUUUUAUUUGGCUGUAUAUACAAUUUAAGCUAUUAAAAUUUGUACAAUAUUUACAAAUUAAAUAAUCAUCCAAA